CCACCUUGCCGCAAACGCGGGAGCAUCGCGCGCCUGAAUUUAGCCCUUGCAUAGGAUACCUCGGCGUACUAAGUUUCGAGCCUCUUAAGCGUUCGGCCGGACCGGAAUCUGUUGCGGGAGGCGUCAUGAUUGGCCAGGCGUUUGUCUACGGGGCGGCGUUCACGUGCAUGUUGGUUUCCGGAACGAUACUUUCACCCCUGAUGAAAAUAGAGCCAGGAUCGACGUUGAAUCUGUACAAGAACGAGGACGGGAGCAUGCCGAGCGAGUACGAUUACACGAUCGUGAAGCGGGGUCCGCAGGAGGUGCAGGACAGUCCGGAUUCGAAGGAGAGGAGAAGUCAGAUGGGCUCGUCGUUCAUAAGGUUCGGACGUGGUCGGAUGGAGGGCAAUCUCGAGAACGCCGACUACACGGCGCUGGCUGGAGAGGCGGUUGACAACGAGUUGGAUUCGAGGAUGGCGCGUGGCCGAUCGGACGUCAUAAUAAGAUUCGGUCGAGCCGAGUCGAAGAACUUCCGCUCCGGAGUCCACCGGCUGACGAGGUCCGACCUCGCCAAGCUCCUCGAGAACGGCAACAACCGACACCCGAAGCUGUUCGGCCAAGGGAAUUACCGACCACCGCUCAACGACCGCGACAACGAUGUCGAUCGCGUCUCGAACGUCUGCUCGAACCUGCUCUCCAGCCCGGUCGACGCCGCCUCCAAAAUCGGUGACUCGGGCAACCCUUACGUCGCUGGAAAACUGCUCAGACUGUGCAAUCUUCUCGGCCUCGGAAUCGUGGAAAACGACGAAAACAACGGACGCGUUGUCAGGAGCAAAAUCAUUCGAGUUCUCGAAGACGCUCAAGCCGAGUCCGCCAAACGCGAAUAAAGCUUCGUUCCCCCAGUCAUUGUCGUAGGCGCGUUUACUCAGCCGGAUUCAUUCUUUCACACAAUAAAUAACAACAAAAAGACGCACGAGGACACGCGAACGUAAAUGGGCUUUCGCGAAUAGCGACAAUGCGAUGGCGAUUUAUUCGAAUCAUCAUCGAUUCUGUGUUUACCUCUGACACUCACUUACUCGAACGCGAAAUGUCACGCUCGAGAUCACGAGCGAUAACGCACUCACGAAUAAACGCGUGUUUGAGCGAGAUUCGAUUUUUGACGGAGAGAAAGCCGAGAACAGAGUUGAAGUAACGACUCAACGACCUUCCCAUUGUCGCUUCUGCCGCGGUUAAUUUUGUCUUUGAAUUAUCUCGAAAGUAAAACUUUAUAAAACUCUGUAGAACGUUUGUGCCGGCGAAAAAACAAUCGCAAUAGUUGCCUCCGAAAAGUAGUUGAAUUUUCGUUCGAGUCUCUGAUUCGCUCGCUGGAUUAUAUCGUCGUUUCUUUCAUACCCGGAAGCCAAUGAAUGUUAAUUAGCCGAUUAGAGGGUCCGUGGCAAAGGAUAAAUGACAGUAGAUUUUCCGGCGUUAAUGAUCCGAGUCUAAUCCAAAGUCAUUGCUCCAGUUGACCGGGAGUAGUUGCCACGAAAAACUGAGAGAUUCGGCAACCUCGUUUUGCUCUCGUGUCGGAGAUUGUGCGAAGGAACUUCUUUGGAGCAUUGAUAAAUGAAAAUUCUUCAAACUGGUUAGGCCGCAGUCGCUCUAAAGGGAAUGAUUUUUAAAGCGAAAACGUCCAUGACACCCUGUGCAUCGAGAAAGAAUAAUUGGCUCAAUGUGAUUUCGCUCGUGACUCGAUUACACCUGUCCGAUCGAGAGCUUGUCCAUGUUACUCGUUAUGUAUUAAAGAGAAUGUACGGAAUGAUGUAUUUUUCGUUGGGCGCGCAGUGAUGCAAGAAAUAUUUGAGCUCGAGGAUUAGGCGACUUCGUUGUCGACGUCACCUGCUUGGAAGCUCUCAAAGAAAGCGCAUUACCCUUAAUAUCGACGUUCGAAAAUUCAUAGAAUUGUCACAUUACCGUCAUUUUCGCGAAAGCCUCUUUAUUAUAUUUAUUCGAUGUAUUUAGACGAGGAAAAAUAUAAGGAAAAAACAAACGAAAAUAUAUAGUCGAGCUGCAUGAA